CUCAUGGCGCAUGUAGCAUGUGUCAUGCAUGGGGCACCAAGGAUCAGGGAUUAGGCAUUAAGCAUCAGUAUGUCCGUCAAGGCCUCAGAGCAGGCCUGUCAUAUUCGUGCUCAUGCAGCCCGCAAUCGCCCGCAACCCAUAGGUCAAAAGAGUUCGAAGCAUAUAUAUAUUUGUACAAAGCUUCUAUUUUCCGGUCCAGAUUCCACUUUCCAGACAUUAUGAAUGGGAGCAGGGGAACUUGCACCUCGAGCCCAUCAGCCCAGCCCUCCAAACCGCGGCCGUCGGUGUUAUCAAUGGCAACGCAAGAUGGCACUCCCAUUUUCACCACCAGCUCCCCGGUACCUUUGCUGAGCCCGGUAUUCCACCGACCCGACCCUGGGAUCAUAUCAUCGAGGUCACCAGCAAGGAAGGCCUUUGCCAGCGUGAACGUUCAAGAUCGCCAUGGGAGCAUGAAGCCAUUCAACAAUUCAUCCAUGAGUAAACACAGAAAGCAGUGAUCGAACCAGCUAAUCAUUCGCUGUGGGCCAGGCUGCUGCUGCUCGUGCUCAAACUGAAUACUCAGGAGCCCUGUGUGUGGCGACUAUCUCUGCCUCAAUGACGUAACAAUCAAAGGCUUGCAUCCUUUGGUACGAAUCGAUGAUUGUUACGCUAUGCUUACAUGCCACGAGGGUUUUCACAAUUUUAGACCUCACCCAGAAGGUUGGGAAGUUGCGGCUGCGAGCAGAAACGAGGGCUAAGGCCACUUUCACCACCCCCCAUGUCUUGUACCAGUGGGCUGUGAUGCCCAUGAGGCUGACCAAAGCGUCGGCUACCUUCCAGUGGAUGGUGAAUAGCAUUUUGGGAGCAAUGA